CAACUCACCUGUCCUGUCUGUUGUCUGUCUGACGUCAUCAAACAUGGCCGCCGCCACAGGUGCUUGACUGCCGACGGUAUUGAAGCGCCGCUUAGCGGAAGUUGUACGCACUGCACCUUUUGAUGGUGGUCUACGGUAUGGUUACGAACAACAACUAUAGGUGACUUGGAAAAGGGGUUACGAAACAGUCAUGGGUCUCUGUCACGCUUCAUCAACCACCGGAGUGUCAGCGGCGAAACUACCGGGAGGGAACACGGCACCGCAGCAGCCCGGAGCCGGCCCGGGGACGGAGGGACAGGCGGGGCAGUACGACUGGCAGCCGGACGACGAGGCAAACCUGUGCCAACGGUGUCUUCAGACAAGGUUUACAUUGUUAGAGAGAAGGCACCACUGCCGGAACUGUGGUAGAGUGGUCUGUGGUGACUGCUCCAAACGGAAGGAGAUUCUGCACCACAAGCCUGUGCGCGUCUGUAACGUCUGCGCAGAGAACCUACAGAACAUCAGACUACCGGCGGACACUGACGGUGGGGACGGCUCCGACUCGGAGGAAGAGGAAGAGGAUGAGAGAACACGGAUGAGGAUGUGUGCAUUGGAGUAGCGUAAAUCGCUUUAAUUAAUGGCACAGCAAGAAGGAAAUGGAGUGUUCGCAGUGGUUUGAGUUCGUGGUGGCGCUAUAUAAUCAUACUGUACAGUAAAUGAAAACACUGGCACUAACGGAUAAUUGUCAGCGACCUGUAUAGCUACUAGCAACUGGAAAAGGGCACUACGGACGGACAGAACAGUUGCCUUUUUUUUGUGAUCAAUUGUCACUGAUCUAAACAUAUCGAUCCUCGUGGCACUUAUUGAUAAACUUGUGUUUUAUGUUCAAAGAUCGGAUCUGUGUUCAAUUUGUGAUUUUAUUUAAGUAUUGGUGCGUUUUCACUGUAUUAUACAUUGAUACACUCCUUUACCUUUGGGACAGCAUGUUAUGUCGCUAGUAUGUAAAUACUUAACGUUUGGGACAGCACGUUAUAUCACUAGUAUGUAAAUACUUUACGUUUGGGAUCGCAUCUGUAAGCAGCGACGCCUAUGCUGCAGUGCCAUGCGAACUAGUCAGAAUUGACGUGAAGGAAUAAUGUGACCGACGGUCACUGAAAUGUCAGUUGAAGAGAACACUUGGUUGCGUGCAAUUAUUGGAAUGCGGGGAUAUACAGUGUGUAUAUGGUUUUAUUGUUUUUUGACCUAACGGUCCUAGCUCCUCUAUUUUCGGUCUUCCGGUGACCGAACUUGUAGCAAUGGUGCACUUUGCAAUGUUAACUCCUGUUUUUAACAUUACACCCAACGGCAAAAAGGCCCUUUAUGAUAUACUUUUGUUGGCGAUAUCGUUGCUAUGGUGAUAUGUAUUAUUGAACACCUUUCAAUGUCUCAAGCCGUCCAUGUUCAAGUGAAGUUUAUUGGGCAAUUCUGUAACGUUACUAUCACUUUGUUGUUGUUGUUUUCCUUGAAUCUGAAGCAGCUGUUGUGUUGAAUUUGUUCAUGCUACUCACACAGACAUUGCAAUACAAUAAAGUAUAUAUGGUGAAGAAA